AUGCACACAGGCGCUCGCACGCCAUGCACUCACACAUCUUUAUCUAUUUAUCUAUCACAGUCUGUUCAUUAUCUAUCUAUCUAUCUAUCUAUCUAUCUAUCUAUCUAUCAUCGUCUGUUCAUAUCUCUAAAUCUAUCUAUCUAUCUAUCUAUCUAUCAUCGUCUGUUCAUAUCUAUUUAUCUAUCGUCUGUUCACAUCUAUCUAUUUAUCUAUCUAUCAUAUCAUCGUCUGUUCAUAUCUAUCUAUCAUCGUCUGUUCAUAUCUCUCUCUCUCUCUCUCCCUCUAUCUAUCUAUCUAUCUAUCUAUCAUCGUCUGUUCAUAUCUAUUUAUCUAUCGUCUGUUCAUAUCUAUCUAUUUACAUAUCUAUCAUCGUAUGUUCAUAUCUAUCUAUCGUCUGUUCGUAUCUAUCUAUCUAUCUAUCUAUCUAUCUAUCUAUCUAUCUAUCUUUUAAUUAUCCUUUAG